UACCAGGUGAUUGUAAUCAUUGGUAAAAAGGAAAACWUUAGCGAGAUACCGGGGAAAAUUAACGAUUACCAAAAAGCCACUGAUAAUAACGAACCGUUUUACAUCACAGCCGAGCUAACACCAGGCCAGAUAAAGGCAUCAGAAAUGUUUGUCAUUGGUGAURAUAARAUGUAUGGAAUAUACAAAAAUGUGGCUUUGCRAAAAGGUCAAGUUUACAACAUAGCAGAGCGAGCAAUCACAAAAUACAAAGGAGAAAGCCAAGUGAGCGACCCAGUGCAUAUUGCAACGAUUGAACUCACUGCAGAAUCGAUAAAAAAGGCGGCAAAAUCGGAUGGCAACUCUGCAACUGGUGUGGCCAUAGGAGUCGUAAUAUCCAUACUCAUAAUAGUGAUUAUACUUGCUCUUUUGGCAUUCAGAUACAAAAGGAACCGUGACGCAAAAACUGACGACUGCUCUUCUAUGCCUCUUGAUGAUAUCAAUGACGACGAUGGUAAAGAUGUGACUCCAGGUUCAAACAAUGCAGCUGCUACAGGAUACGGAAACGACAGGAAACUGUACGUUAACGUUGAUGUUAUCGAUCCUUCAGAGGGUGUCUACGAAGAAGCAAAAGACAGUGGCAUAAAAUCAAUGACAAAACGUCAAUUUCUGGAGUAUAUGAAGUCUUUGAAGGUCACAGACUACUCAGAGUUGAAACAAGAGUUUAAGAUGUUGUUAAAUACCCAUGCCUUCCCAGUGGAUAUCGCCAAGAAACCCGCCAACAAGAAGAAGAACCGUUAUGCCAACAUUGUUACCUAUGACCAUUCUCGUGUGGUAAUAAGUCGACAGGCUGAUGACGAAAACUCAGAUUACGUCAACGCAUCUUACAUCAAGGGCUAUAAUGGAAAUACUAGGACAUACAUUGCAACACAAGGUCCUACACCGCAGACUGUUGCUGAUUUUUGGCAAAUGAUAUGGGAAGUGAAUUCAUACACUAUAGUCAUGCUGACCAAUCUGAAAGAAGGAUCAAAGGUGAAAUGCCAUCAGUACUGGCCAGAAGAUAAAGAAACGCACGGCRAAAUCACAGUAUCGAUCCAUAAAACAGAGAUGUUUCCUGAUUACGUCAUAAGAACUCUCUUACUAGCAAAAUCAAACACCAGUGAGCGUCGCCAAGUCAACCAUUUCCAGUUCACUGUCUGGCCAGAUAAAGGGGUACCACAAUAUUCUACAGCCGUUUUAGGCUUGCGGCGACAAGUAAAUGCUGUGAAUCCAGAUCACGCUGGUCCUUUGGUGAUUCACUGCAGUGCUGGUGUUGGUCGGACUGGCGCUUACAUCGUGAUCGACGCCAUGUUGGAGCGUGCGAGACACCUCAAAAACGUCGCAAUAUCAGACUACGUUGCAUCUAUAAGAAACGACAGGCCAUAUAUGGUACAAACCGAGGAACAGUAUGUUUUUAUCCAUUUGGCGCUAUAUGAAGUGUUCACAUGUGGUAAUACAGAAAUACCAGUUCACAAAUUACAGAACGCAAUGAAAAAACUUUCAGAUACUAACCCACAGCGAAACGUGACAGGCUAUGCCUUGGAGUUUGAGAGACUUAAUCGAGUUACUGAAGAUUACGCUAAAGAAGAUUGURAUGUUGGAAGGUCACCUGAAAACUUGAAAAAGAACCGGUACARAGGCAAUAUCGCCUUAAAUCGUAGCCGUGUUUUACUUAACAAACCUGGUAUCGAAGAUGUGACUAUAAGCUACAUAAAUGCUUCGCAUGUUGACGCUUACAAGGAGCGUAACGCAUUCCUUGUCACGCAAGCUCCACUAAAAGAGACYAUUGAAGAUUUCUGGAUCAUGGUUGUGAACUAUGACGUUAGAACGAUCAUUAUGCUCAAUAAUUUACAAGAGGGAAAUGAGAAUUUUGUCCAAUACUGGCCUGAGAGUGGUUCUUCAUCCUAUGGUCACGUGACUGUUGAGCUGUUAGACACAACGACAAUCGGUGAACUUAUUUCUCGACACUUUAAUGUUACUUGCGAUUCGGCAACUGUUCAGGUUCAACAUAUACAAAUGCCCAACUGGAAGAACAAGUGUUGUCCGACAAAUUCACAAAGUGUGUUGGAUUUGGUAAAUGAAGUAGAACAGUCACAAAGGCAUGCGCAKUCGAGUAGUUCACCGAUGGUAGUUCAAUGCAGUAAUGGUAUCGGUCGAAGUGGUACAUUUUGCGCCAUUUACWCGAUCAUCGAACGAGUGAAGCAAGAACAGAUGGCUGACGUCUUUCAGGCUGUCAAAAGAAUACGUACGAAUCGCCCUGGAGCUGUCGAGACGCUGGACCAGUACAUCUACUGUUAUAAAAUAAUCCAAGAUUACCUCGACUCGUUCAGCGACUAUGCAAACUUCACAAAAUAAUUAUCACUGGAUAUGUUUUUAAAAUAAUUUGAUAAAAGCAAAAAACUUAAAUGGCCCAUGUCUGAUACGGCGAUAUUGGCUUCAGAUGAUGAAACGGAACGAUUGUCGCUUGCGACUUGUAGUAUAGGACUCRAAUGCUCCAAUUUCGAGUUCUGGUUUGCUCUGUGUGUUAGGCCCACAAUUUGGCACACAAAUGAGGCUAACACAAAGCAUUGAAGAAUUAGGAACUGAAGUAUUGCGCCGUGGAAUGCACCUACGCUUUCCUACAAUAUUCGUAAGCAACCUACGACUUGUAGAUUUUUGAAUCACGGCUCAAAAUCACUCGACUUAUCGUAGGAAAACCAUAUACUACAAGUCGCACAUGACAGUCGUACCGCGUGAUUCUGCCUUCAAGAAGUCGUCCAGCAAGUUUAAUUCACGUCGAAAAGUCGAAAUCCUCAGUCGAGGUCGAGCUGACCGACAAAUUAAAACUGUAAGUGUAAUAAUAAUUUAAAAAACGUAAAAACGUUUUAACGAUUAGUAUAAUAUUGAAGACUUA